UCCUCUUUAGUGUUUUGGGAAUUGAGGUUUGAUUUUGAACAAUCCUGGUAUUUGGGCUUGCUUUUUCCAUAGGAUUAAGGGACUGACCACUACAAAAUUAUUGUCAUUAUGCAUACGAAAUUUCAAUUUAUUUGCUGCAAGAGGCAUGCAUCUAGGUCUUUGAGGACACGUUUUCUCUUCAACCUUUUUUCUGACAGUUUGGUGCCUUUUGAGGACUGAUCCCUUUCUUUUGUCUUGAGGGUUGAAACUUAAGUAUUUGCUUCAUUUGUGACUUUUUUGGGCUGCUGAGGAUUCGCUGAACUGAUAGUGUAUUAAUGGAAAAAGGAGCGAAAUUGUUGUGGGGAGUGAAAACGUGCACUUAGAGGGCCCUUGGUUUACUGGAACGGAUACUGAGGAAACUGAAAUGGGACAACCAAACAGUGAAAUUCAAGGCUUUCGACUGGAAGAAGGCGAAUCAAGUAAUGUGGUUUUCUCAACUGAGGCAACCCUUGUAAGUAAAGAGUCAUCAACGUCUGGUAGUUGUAGUUGUAGCGUGAAGAAAACCAAACCUAGGGUAGCUGCUAAAGACACAGAGUUCUGCCAGAAGGACAAAUCCGUGCAUGUCAAGAUCAGUCGUCAAUUCAGGAUUGAGUUGGGCCAAUUAUUUCAGGGAGCUGUGAGUUCCCAUGAUUGGGAGCUUGCUGAGAGUUUAAUCUCGUCAACAGAUCCACAGACUCUAAAUGAUGCAUUGUGUGUCACCUUGGAUGCUAUCUGGUUUUUGGGCACCCAGCAGCAGCUGUAUGGGAUUACCGAGUUGAUUAAGAAGAUCAUUGCUAAUGGUGCUUAUGACUUUACUAGAGCCGCUCUCCGGACUUCAUUUCUUGCUUCUUGUGUCUCGGCUUGCCAGAGUCGCAUGAUGAGUCUUGCAGACACUGUAACUGUGAUGGCUCAGAGGUUGCAUGAGCGCCUCCAAGAAUGCCAUGGGGAUGAGGUCUUGAAGGCAGAAGCUGGUGCCAAGGUCCAAAAGUUCACUGAAUGGGCUUUGAAAUGUAUAGGUUCCCAUUCUCGAUGUCAGGGGAACAACGACAGAGUGAAUCAUUGCUCAGCUAUUGAAAUCCAACUUCAGUUAACUGCAUUUAAGACAUUCCUAGAUCUUGCUGGCAACCAACUUACAGGAAAGGAUUUUACAGAAGCAUUUGAUGCAGCUUGCUUUCCUCUUACUCUAUUCUCUAGCUCAUUUGAUUCUGGUUGGGCUUCUGGGAUCUCAGCCACAGUUAUCCAAGGAUUGUUGGAUAUGUUGGUGGAGGGGGGUGCAGACAAUGUUAACCAGUGUUUCCUUGAAGCCUCUCGGUUUGGCAGUACAGAACUUGUCCGCAUUUUAUUGCAGAUCGCCCAACGGAAUAGCUUGGAUGUUGAUGUUGAUCUUGCCUUGGGUUUUGCCUCACAUUACUGCAAGAUUGGAACAAUGGAGUGUCUAGUAGAAGAGGGCAAUGCCAUGGCGUUUUUGGGACCUUUAAUGAGGGCAGCUGAAAGAGGUUGCAUGCAGGUUGUCCAGUGGUUUGUUAAAAGAGGUUGUCGAGACAUGAAGCUCUGUCUGGCCCUCACUGCUGCUACCUCCAGCAGCCAAGUUGGUGUAGCUGCAUAUCUUCUACCCCAUGUUCCUAAGCAUGUCCUAAUGGCACUCAGCAUUGAAAUUCUCAAGGCUGCGGGUGAAAGAAGUGGCGGAUCACUCGAUGGUGUUGCAUUUCUCCUCCAAUCCGACUUCUUAGGUGAUCCUGUUGCUACUUACGCAGUUGCAGACAGCAUUGCCAAGUCCGAUGAUGAGGCUGUUGCUCCUGAUCUGAGGGCAUUUGUUCAAGAGCACUGGUCAGAGGCAGCGUUCUUGGAUGGAUUAAAGCAAGGACAAGAACAUUACACGAAGGUAAUGCUGAUUCUGAAGAGGGGUGAAUCUCAUAGCUUAAGGGAUCUACCAGGCCCUUUGAGGGUGGGAAUUGCAUACAUGCCACUGUACAGGGAGUGUAUCGAGGUGGAUGGUCUUUUGUUAUCACAAAGACUGAGGGGACAGCUUGUUGAAGCUGUUCGAAUGCUUGGAGGUGAGGUAUCAGAAGAGUAAAUCAAGCAGAGAGCU